CCCCGCCCGCGGCCGCCGGCUCCCUCCGGCCAUCGGUGUGGAGUGCGCCUGCGCCGGCCCUCACCCCAAAGCAGCCAUGAUGGAAGGCCUGGACGACGGCCCCGACUUCCUCUCGGAAGAGGACCGCGGACUUAAAGCAAUAAAUGUAGAUCUUCAAAGUGAUGCUGCUCUGCAGGUAGACAUUUCUGAUGCUCUUAGUGAGAGAGAUAAAGUAAAAUUCACUGUUCACACAAAGAGUUCAUUGCCAAAUUUUAAACAAAAUGAGUUUUCUGUUGUUCGACAACAUGAGGAAUUUAUCUGGCUUCAUGAUUCCUUUGUUGAAAAUGAAGACUACGCAGGUUACAUUAUUCCACCAGCACCCCCAAGACCUGAUUUUGAUGCUUCAAGGGAAAAACUUCAGAAGCUUGGAGAAGGAGAAGGGUCAAUGACAAAGGAAGAAUUCACAAAGAUGAAACAGGAACUAGAAGCAGAAUAUUUGGCAAUAUUCAAGAAGACUGUUGCAAUGCAUGAAGUGUUCCUAUGUCGUGUGGCAGCCCAUCCUAUUCUGAGAAAAGAUUUAAAUUUCCAUGUCUUCUUGGAAUAUAAUCAAGAUUUGAGUGUGCGAGGAAAAAAUAAAAAAGAAAAACUUGAAGAUUUCUUUAAAAACAUGGUUAAAUCAGCAGAUGGAGUAAUUGUUUCAGGAGUAAAGGAUGUAGAUGAUUUCUUUGAGCAUGAACGAACAUUCCUUUUAGAAUACCAUAACCGAGUUAAGGAUGCAUCUGCUAAAUCUGAUAGGAUGACAAGAUCCCACAAAAGUGCUGCGGAUGAUUACAAUAGAAUUGGUUCUUCAUUAUAUGCUUUAGGAACUCAAGAUUCUACAGAUAUAUGCAAGUUUUUUCUCAAAGUUUCAGAACUGUUUGAUAAAACAAGAAAAAUAGAAGCACGAGUGUCUGCUGAUGAGGACCUCAAACUUUCUGACCUUUUAAAAUAUUACUUAAGGGAAUCUCAAGCUGCUAAGGAUCUCCUCUAUCGAAGAUCUAGGUCACUAGUGGAUUAUGAAAAUGCUAAUAAAGCACUGGAUAAAGCAAGAGCAAAAAAUAAAGAUGUUCUGCAGGCUGAAACAUCCCAACAAUUAUGUUGUCAGAAAUUUGAAAAAAUAUCUGAAUCUGCAAAACAAGAACUUAUAGAUUUUAAGACAAGAAGAGUUGCUGCAUUCAGAAAAAAUUUAGUGGAACUGGCAGAGUUAGAACUGAAGCAUGCAAAGGGCAACCUACAGUUGUUGCAGAACUGCCUGGCAGUGUUAAAUGGAGACACAUAAGCCACAUCCACCUUCUAGUUAAAAAGGGCUGCCUUCCUUCAGACUUUAUUUUUGUUUUCUUACUGAUAUUAGGCAUUUACUGCUCACUGGGAACAAAAGAAACAGCUGACAAAGUGCAUCUCCUCUCCUGUGCGCUGAGAGCGAACGAGCGGUGCGGCGCGGCACGGCGCGGGGCGGCGGGCAGGUGCCGCCGGCCGGCCGGCCGGCGGGGUGGAACGCUGCAGUCCUGCGCCUGCGGGCGCCGCCGGACAGCGGCCGGAGGUUGUGCGCGCCACCACCUUUGCAAAAGCCCAAAGUUCAGUCUUUAAGUAGCUUCUGUAACUGUUUAUGAAUAGUAUUCCUUUUGGCUGCCAAUCUUAUUUACCUUUAAGUAAUUUCUUAAGUUUAACCCUUUCAAAAUACAUUGUUCAAACAAGAUAAAAAUCGCCUUUAACUUUUUUUGAGUUUUGCUUUUAAAAAAACAUUGUAUAUUGCCUUAGUUCACUCACAUGUAUCCAUUCGUGUAAGGCAUCUUAAUCAAACAUAUUUUUAAUUCCUGAACAUUUCUUAGACGUUUGGGGGCGUACUUUAUGUAAUCUUUAUAAUUUUGAAGAAAAGCAAAUGCAUUAGUAUGUUUGCCUUAAACUUGUAGACUAACCCGACUAUUGUCAAAUAAACGGUGAUGACAGUGA